AAGCCUGCAGUUUACUUUUGCUUGAGUUUUAUUUUCCGGAUGUUGUUGAUUGCUGCCUCGACAAUUAGCGCUGUGACCAUGGCGACUAGCAAUGAUACCGAAGAUUGGUACGAUCUAGGGACUGGCUGGACUGGCUAUUCCAGCUAUGCAUCCGAUUCUGUCAAAUUCACUGAUUCACCCUCAUUCAUAUAUUUUGUUGCAGCAUUGUCUGUGGCGGGGUUUUACGGCAUCAUUACCAAGUUAUCUACUUGUUUACUCAUCUGCUUAGCGCCAUCUUCAUCAAUAAUGUUGGUUAUCUUUGCGUUUUUUGAUGUGUUGAUAUUGGGGACAGUAGCCUCAGCAACUGGGACUGCCGGUAGUGUUGCAUACAGCAUAUUCGUGGGUGAUCUUUGCUCUACAUACAGCCGCUUCUGUCGACAUCUAGGAGUUGCCUUGGGGUUCGCCUUAUUCGCCUCACUUUUGCUUGUCAUUCUUCUAUGGACCUCCCUCAUUAGUCUCUACAAAAGGAUCCCCAAACAAACCUUUGAGACAUCACAACCUCUUGCACAGUCUCCGUUACAAACUCCACCACAAGCGCAGACGACCUUAAUUACAGACUCCACCACAAGCACAAGGAACUGAAACAUAUGCAUAAAAGUAAUGCCUCCCUUACCUGUGCUCCGGCCAAAAGCAACUUGUAUUGUGUGUUUUCAGAACUGUUUGCUUUGUCACGUAAGGUUGACAUUUUCGCUAUCUGCUUAAAAAUUUGGGAUAGAUGAUAUUGUCUACAUGUGGUAUCGUCGUCGGAGCUUUUUGGGUGUUAAAAACUCGUGGGUUUGAUUCGUUUGAAUACCGUUUGUUUUGCUGGUUUGCUAGGUUCAUGUGAAGAAAUGUGCGAUAGCAUAGUUAAUUAACCUAAUGAAGCUUUCUUGUAAAUGUAAAUACUAUGCAUGUUUAUCCUUGGAG